AUGGACGACGCGGAGACGACGCCUUCUCUCCCCGCGGAGGAGGCGCCUCCUCCCGCUCCCGCUCCCGCUCCCGAGCGCGAGCACGAGCGCGCGUGGUGCCACGACUGCCGCGCGCGCUUCGACGCGACGCCGGAGUUCUUGGACCAGCGCGACCCGUCCUGCCCCGCGUGCGGCGGGCCGUUCGUCGAGGUGUUGGACCCGGACGACGACGACGACGACGGCGACGACGACGCGCCCUCGACCACGACGACGACCUCGACGACGACGACGACGAGCGGCGCGGGCGCGGCCGUGCACAUCACCCUCGACGAGAACGCCAACUCGGAGGACAUCAUGCGCGCGACGCGGCAGAUCAUCGAGCACCUCAGCGCGAGCCCGACGCUCACCGUGGGCAACGGCGGCGGGAACGGCGGGAACGGCGGUAACGGCGGGAACGGCGGGAACGGCGGCGUCGCCGCGACGAUGAGCAUCCAGGUCGACGGCGUCCCGAUGACGGACGCGACCGGCGGCUUCGGCGGCUUCGGCGGCUUCGGCGGAUCGUUCCGAGGCGCGGGCGGGGGCCUCGCCGGGCUCGCGGGCGCGUUCUCCGGGUUCGACGCCGCGGGAUUCCCAGACGUGAACCUGGCCGAGUUGGACACGCGGUCGUUCCACGCGCCGACGUGUCCGACGUUCGUCGCGAACUUGCCCUCGGAGGUGAUGGACGGGGUGGUAGAUAAAGACAACGACGACGCGAAAUGUCCGGUGUGCCUCGUGGACAUCGAGAUCGGGACGACGUGUAAGCGGCUGCCGUGCGGGCACCGGUUCCACGACCGAUGCAUACGCACGUGGCUCGCGAGCAAGCGGUCGUGCCCGGUGUGUCGCGCGGAGCUGCCCGCGGCGCCGAGCGGGGACGGGACCGGCGGCGGCGCGAGGGCCGCGUCCGGGUACGGGUUCGACGGCUCCGCGAUAUAGGUACAGCAGUAGUCCAUUUAGCCGCGCGAUAGAAAGAAGAAGGAAGACGAGAAUAGAGGAGAG